GCCACCCCUUGACCAGCGAACAGAUGGAGGGACCCGAAGCCACGACAGCAAUAAUAAUCGGAAUAACGAUGGCAGCGCACCCGCCUGCAGCGCUUUACCGUUCAUCCAGACCUCUUCCCAUGUCUCUGUGUGAGGAGAAGUUCUCUCACAGGUGCCCAGAGGCAAGACAUUGUUCUCUUGGGAAACAGUCGGUGUCCAGAGCACAAGUCAGAAUUAAAUUGAUAUUGUGACUCAAAGUGUGGUGAUGGCUACAACUCCAGGCAACCAGAUCCAGGCCUCAGUGGAACCAGAGGGACUUUUGAUAGUAAAGGUGGAGGAAGAUUCCUUCUGGGAUAAAGAAACUCCUCGACCUAAGGAAGACACAGAUUCGGAGAUCUUCCGUCAGUGUUUUAGGCAGUUCCAUUACAGAGAGACAGAUGGGCCUCAUGAAGCUUUCAGUCAGCUGUGGGAACUCUGUUGUCGGUGGCUGAGGCCAGAAACUCGAACAAAGGAGCAGAUUCUGGAGCUGCUGGUGCUGGAGCAGUUUUUGACCGUCCUGCCUGGAGGCAUCCAGGGUUGGGUGAGGGAACGUUGCCCAGCAAGUGGGGAAGAAGCUGUAGCCAUGGUGGAGGACUUACAGAAGCAGCCCAGAAACUCACUGCAGCAGGAAGAGCCCUCAGAGGAGACGGAGACUCAGGGAGGAGGACGGGGGUCCUCAGGCCUCCUGCUGGCACAGGGGGAGACCCAUGCCAAGGGGGUGUCUCAAGAGGAAGGGGCGUGGAGCCGAAGUCCAGGAACAGGAUCCCAAGAACAGAGGAGCCAUGACUCUCAACAUGCUUCCCAGCUUCCUGCCCUUCUAAAGGAGGGGAGCACCAGAGAGAUGGUGGAUGCAUUUUUUUCCUCUGGGAUCCAUGGACCGAUGACUAUUGGAGAUGUGCCCUUUUAUCUCUCCCGGGAAGAAUGGGGUUGUCUGGACCCUGCUCAGAGGGAGCUCUUCUGCCACAUAAAACGAGAGAACUUCUGCAAUGUCUCUCUGGGUCUGGAGAUGAAGAGCCAGAAUGAGAGAGCUUUCUCUCAGGCUAGUUUGAAAGAAAUAGACCCACUGCCUGGCAGAUCUGGAGGUGAAGUACCCUGGAGCACUGAGGAAGGUGAAGUUUGGGAAAGUGAGAAUAUACCUGAGAGAGAACUGGGACAAGAGCACUCUGGGGGGGUGAGGAGAGGACGCCCUCCUACACGCAGGAGACAAUUCAGAGACCUGGCAACUGAGAAACCCCAUAGUUGCCAGCAGUGUGGAAAACGCUUCCGUUGGGGCUCAGACUUGUCACGGCACCAGCGUACACACACAGGGGAGAAGCCCCACAAGUGCCAGGAAUGCGAGAAAAGUUUCCGCAGCUCCUCAGAUCUUGUUCGCCACCAAGGUGUCCACACAGGUGAGAAACCUUUCACCUGUACUGAGUGUGGCAAGAGCUUCAGCCGAAGUGCAUACCUCACUGACCACCAGCGUAUCCACACUGGUGAGAAACCUUAUGAGUGUACUGAGUGUGGCAAGAGCUUCUCCCUCCGCUCCUACCUGUUAGACCACCGUCGAGUGCACACUGGUGAGCGUCCCUUUGGCUGCAGUGAAUGUGACAAGAGUUUCAAGCAGCGGGCGCACCUCAUUGCCCACCAGAGCCUUCAUGCAAAGAUGGCACAGUCAGUGGGAUGACCAAGGCUCCACCAGAUGAAAAGAGAUUCCAAAGUAAGAUGACAAAAGUCUAAUCACCAAGUAUCCAUGUUGGGGCCUGCCAAGCACUCUCAAGAAUAUUUGGAAAUGCCCCUUUCUAGGGGAGGGCCAUUCUUGCCCUCCUUAGGAUACCAGGAGGAUCUUCUUAUCUUUCAUUUCCCUGAUAGCUAUGUUGCCACCUUUCCUCUACCUCCAGCUAAUAUCGAUGUGGACAAGGAAAACUCAGCUGUCACAAAAAACUGACUUUCACUCCUAUUUCCCUGGUCCCCUUGAACUUGUGGAACAUAGGCAUCUCUUCAUAUUUCUCAGAACCAAGAAGUGAAUUUUAUUACCUUUUAAUAUUUGUUUAUUUUCCCCUUCUGUUCUCCUUCCCAUCUUCCUUUAUCAUUCUCCCUCUAGGUUUCUGGAACCUGGGAUUAUAUACUAGUUUGAAAGGAUAAGGGAAUACAGAAAUGUAGGGAGGUUGAGGCAAGUCCCUUACCUCCCUCUACUUUGCGUAGUCACUCCCCUGACCACUAUCCAAUCUCAACUUCAACAGUCCCCUAAAGGCUUUUGGCCAUAAAAAUGCUUUUAUUUUCUUCCACUCUGAUUGAGAUCCAUAGUCAAAAGGAAUUCCUUCCAGCAGGAUGUAGCUGUCUCUUUAUUGGAUGAUGAUAGCAUUAUUGAAGCCAUCAUUUUCAUUAGAAUUAAUCCUCCUGCCUUUGUUGACCUGUAUCUCCUGGAAGUGGGAAGACGGGGAAAGGAAUGGCGUGUGAAUUAAUCAGUGGAAAGUAUUUGUGUAUGGGGUGAUGCAGUGGAUAUUCUUUCCCAGCCUCCUCCUUUACUCCCUGAUUCAGCUUCAGUCUGCCUUGCUUCCUUCAAGAAUUCUCCAAUUGGUUUCAGCUUUUGCUGCUACUAAGCUGACAUCUUGGUUCUGCCACCUGCUUUCCUUCAAAGCAUUUUUUUCUUAUACAACAGCAUAUUAAAUGUUUCUGCAUUUCUGGAGUCUUGAGAAUGGAGGUAGGCUCUAGGUAAAGCUCCAUCAAUGAUUUGGGAAGGACUCCAAAGGGGAUUUCAGGCCUCUGGCUCUCUGAAGAAGGUUGAGGAGGACAGUUCUUAGUCAUUCUUCUGGAGACUAAUGAGAGUGUCUCUUCCAUGUUCUCCAUCUCUCCUUACCCUGCCUGACCCUCCCCCCCCCAUCACCACCACCUUCAAUUUCUUCCUUUACUUGAAUCCUGCCCCCACCUAGAAGACAGCUGUAAGUCCACCUUCUCUUUCCCAUUUCACUUCUGCCUCCUGAACCUUUCUGACCUUAUUUUUGUGGCUGUCCUUAAGUUCUCUACAUCCUUCCCAAGAGAUUAAGUAGAGUGACCAUUGACCUGUAGAAGGGCAGGAAAGUACACUCCUUUUGAUAAUCCCGGGAUCAUACUUGCCUUUUAAAAUAAUUGGUGCCACACAAUGACAUUUUGUAGCCAUUCAAGUUCUCAUAUUUUGUAUGAUUUCUACAUUUUGUAUGUAGAGGUUUUUCCAUGUAGAAACAGUCCGUGGAAUGGACGAUAGGGGCACUCGGAACACCUGUGCCUUUCAGCCCAAGCCAGGGCUAGAUUUCUUAAAGGAAACGAGACUAUGAGUAUUCUCUCCCAGAGGGGACGAGGAAAGUUCAAAUAAAAGUGGAAAAAUCUCCCUU